UUAUUGGACGCCAUAGAUCACGUGGUUUUUCCACUUCAGUUCCUAACACUGUUAUAUCUCUAGCAGGUAUUCUAAACAACCAUUGAGUCACUUGUUCGUAGAACCUGCUCUGAUACAGCUGUCAAGCUUUCGUUACAGUAACUAAGACAUCAUUUUGGGAUGAGUAAUCAUACAAACGGUCAUAUCAGCGAUGACCACGUACUGCCGUGGACAGUAGGACUGGUCAAUGGCCAGUUUCGCUACCUGACAGCAGAGAGUUUCGGUUGUAAGGUGAACGCCAACGGACUGAGUCUGAAGAAAAAGCAGAUGUGGACUUUAGAACCAAUGAGAGAUGGAGAAGCAGUGUGCCUGAGAAGCCAUCAAGGCAAGUAUCUUGCUGUAGACCAGUUUGGUAACGUCACCUGUGAGGCCGAAGACAGUGUCGCUGAAGCCAGGUUCCAAAUUCUCGUAGCCGACGACAGAGACGGCCAAUGGGCCUUUCAAAGCUUGGCUAGGGGUUACUUUCUAGGGGCCAGUAAUGAUAAGCUCGUGUGCACGGCUAAGGCACCCGGUCCCGCCGAAUUGUGGAAUGUACACUUGGCUGUUCGACCUCAGGUUCUCCUACGAUCGCUUGGUCGUCGGCGUUAUGCCCGUUUAUCUCCUGACACGGACGAAGUCCGUGUUGACGCCAACACUCCUUGGGGGGAGGACACAUUGUUCACCUUGGCCUACCGUGACGGUAAAUACACUCUCCAUGCUGGUGAUGGUCGCUGCUUAGACACCGGUGGGAAGCUGGUGGACACAGUUGGACAGGACUGCAGGUUCACUCUGGAGUUCCACAACGGAUACCUGGCGUUAAGAGCCAGUGAUGGUCGAUACCUUGCCCCAGUGGGCAGCAAGGCCGUUUUGAGGACUCGGACCCAAUCAGUUUCCAAAGACGAGCUUUUCACCUUGGAGGAGUCCCAGCCGCAAGCAGCUUUUGGAGGAGUUAAUGGAAAAAUCGUGUCGGUAAGGCAAGGAGUAGAUGUCACUGCUAAUCAAGAUGAGAUUUCUGAUCACGAGACCUUCCAAUUGGAGUUAGAUAGCGCCACCAAGCGAUGGUACAUUCGAACCAUGGAGGACAGUUAUUGGUGUUUGGGGAUCAACGCUGGAAUCCAGGCUACUAGUUGUAAGAGGACUCCCAACUGUCUUUUCGACCUUAUAUGGCAUCAAGAUGGAAGCGUAACUUUUGUGGCAAAUAAUGGCAGGUUUGUGGCAGCAAAGAAGAGUGGUCACCUGUUUGCCAACAGUGACCAAGUGGGUGACAUGGAGAAGUUCCGUUUCUACUUGAUAAACCGUUCAACCCUUGUCAUAAAGUGUAACCAAGGGUUUGUGGGCUACAAGAGCGCCACCUCUAAGAAGCUGGAGUGCAAUAAGUCGUCUUACGAAACAAUCAUUAUAGAAAGAGGAGACAAUCCAGGAAGCUAUUAUUUCAAAGAUGGCGCGAGCAACAAAUAUUGGAGAGUCUCAGAAGAGGAUGUUGUUAUAGAUUCUGAUGUUCCAGAACGAUUUUAUUUAGAGCUCAGAGAGCCAUCAAAAUUGUGUGUGAAGACCUCUAGCGGGACGUAUUUAGUAGCAGAAAAGAACGGGAUCCUCAAGGUCAAUGGCGCAGAUGCUUCAAGUGCCACCUUAUGGGAGUUUUAAAACAACAUCAAAAACAAAAAAAUACAAUUGUUAUGCGAACUCACCCGAAUAGAGCUAUUUUUGUAAUAAUUUUAAUUAAAGCCAGAAGUGAUAUUUUUCGCAUAUGUAUGGGAAUAACAUUAGUAAGUUUGUGGCAUUUUUUCAUAAACCAUAUAGCUACAAUACUUUUAAUUUAUUUUAUCAAUAAUUAUUUUUCUUAACCAAUAUACUUAACAGUUUGGUGUCUGGC